AUGUCAGCUGAGAAACCUACUGUUCUCCUUAUCCCCGGAGCCUGGAUACCAGGCAGCUCAUUUGAACCCGUAGCCGAUAUACUUCGAUUGCAUGGGUAUCCUGCUGAAACCAUGACUCUCCUAUCUGCAGGUGGACCAGUUUCCACUACGGUUGCAGAUGAUGCCGAAAAUAUUCGAGAGAAGCAUUUGAAGAAUUUGGUUGCACAGGGAAAAGAAGUUGUCGUGGUCAUGCACUCUUACAGCGGAAUCCCAGGAACCGAGAGCAUAAAAGGACUCGCACGCAAGGACCUUGCAGCACAAGGCAAAAAGGGCGGUGUCAUUGCACUCGUAUAUGCAACAGCCUUUUUGGUUGAAAAAGGAACUACCGUGCAGACAAUUAUUGGAGAUAAUAUGGAGCAUGCCAUGAUAGAAGAUGGUGAUGUCUUCCAUGCAAGAGAUCCCAGGGAAAAGUUCUUCAGCGAUCUCGAUGAUGAAACCGCGGCCAAGCAUGUCGCCACGCUGGUUCCUCAUGCAAAGCCGAGCUUUUUCACGCCCCUUACCUAUGAGGCCUGGCGGGAUGUGCCCACCGCAUUCCUUUUCUGCAAGCAAGAUGCGUCUAUACCAUUUGAAUACCAACAGAGUAUGGCUGCCAUGCCGGGAGAGGGGGUGGUUCGUACUUAUUCAUGUGAAGCAGGGCACGCGGUCAUGGUGAGUAUGCCAGAGGUUGUGGCCGAUGUGAUUCGCGAUGUUACAACGAAUGGGGCUCAAGUGUAA